AACAAUUAAAAAAUGUCGGAAUCGUGUCAAGACGGUAAUUGUCACGGAAUUAACGAAUAUGGGCCCGAAGAAUCACCAACCAAACUUAUCGUCAAUUACAUUCCUGAAGUCAUGACCCAGGAUAUGAUGUUCUCGCUAUUUUCGACAAUGGGUAAAUUGGAGAGUUGUAAAUUGAUAGCGAACCGAGGCUAUGGGUUCGUGGAGUACACUUGUCCUGAGGAUGCAGUUAAAGCUCGGAAGGCUUUUAAUGGCCUCUUAAUGCAGAACAAGACGUUAAAAGUGUCACAUGCUCUUCUUAAUCCGGAGCUAAAGCCCCCGUCGAAACCGGAAGCUGACUGGAACCUCUACGUAUGUAACCUGCCUAAUGAACUUACCUUGCAGGAUUUACAUGGACUUUUUGCACAAUUCGGUAAAAUAGUUAAUUCUCGCAUAGCUGCAGGUAUAGCAUUUGUUUUAUAUGAACACCAAUUUGAAGCGGAGAGAGCCAUCCAAAAUAUUAAUGGUUCUACUCCCCCUGGGUUUUUACACCCUUUAACUGUUAAGUAUGCAAAUAAGAGUAAUCCAAAUAAACAUAAAAACAAUAAUAAUAACUUUACUAAAAACCCUUUAGUAAAACCUUAUCAUUGGAUCAAUCAUAUGGGUGCUAUGGGUGAUCACAACUCACCUAGCACAUGGUCUAUUUAUAUUUAUAAUAUUGCUCCAGAAGUUGAAGAAUUAACUUUGUGGCAAUUAUUUGGUCCCUAUGGUGCUAUUGUGUCUGUUAAAAUAAUUAAAGAUCAUCAAACUAAUAAAAGUAAAGGUUUUGGAUUUGUUACUAUGAGAAAUUAUGACCAAGCUGCAAUGGCAAUACAAGCACUAAAUGGUUAUGUUUUACAUGGUCAGCCUCUCUCCGUUAGUUUCAAAACACAAAAAAGAUAAUGCUGUGACUAAAGACUUGAACAUAACAAUAUCAAUACAGUAAUGAAUAGACAAAAAAUAUUAUUUUAUCUUUAAAUAUUACGCUGCAUCAAAAUAAUCCAGAUUACUGUCCAUGUACACAUAACCGUGAAGUGUGAAGUCUGUAGACACUUGUUGAAAAUAUUAUAUUACUUUGAGC